AUGUCCCAACACCAACACCUGGAGCCCCAGGAACCGUCCCCGCCUCCGGCGAUGACCGGCAGAAGCUUGCUUGACCUCCCGAAUGAGGUCCUCCACGAAUUCCCCGUCCUCGGCACGUCCGUUAGACAGGCCACUUUCAACAUAUUCAGGGUUGGAGUAGACGACAUGGCUUCUAUCAACAAGCUGGUUGAGCAUCUGGGAGUCUGGCUUCCUAAGGGUUGGAAGACCCCGCAGCCAGUCCGGAGGCCUGUCCGCGAUCGGGAUGUUGAUUUUGGUGAUGGCUCGUUCCAGGAGGGCUUUCGGCAUGGAUUUCUGGUCGAUAUGUUUCUCAGCUCGGCUGUCAACCUGCAGCAGCUUUCCUUACAGCUCUCGCGUACCACCUCGUACGGCAAAUUCAUGCUUCCGUCAUCGAGCCUACAAUCCUUGAAGUCAUUGCACUUAGCGCAUCGGGUAACGCAUCGGGGCGAGACCGCCGGCUUCAACUUGGAAGCGGUCGCUGGCGUCCUUAAGAAAGCGCCGAAUCUCGACUCCGGAAUGCUGAGAGACCUGGCGUCCUCGUGCAAGCAACUCAAGGCCUUUACCUUCGAAUAUAUCCAGCCUCAAGGACCCGAUGAAAGGCUUUACUACAGGCCUCGUGUGGUGCCUCCAGGGGGAAUAUCCCGUGGGCUGGAACAUUGCAACAAGACCUUGGAAUAUCUGGAAAUACAGGUAGGUAAUUGGGAAGGCAUCAAAGAGCUCGAGCGCUAUGAUAUGAUAACCAGCUUGAAGAGCUUCACAGCCCUCAGAACGCUUGUCAUUGAUCAAACAUGCUUUCUUGGUGGAGAUGUGGAGUAA